UUUCACACUCUCUCUUUACUAUAAGUUUUUUAGGGAUAAGGAGAAACGCAACCUAAGAAGAGACUUGUAAGUAGGAUAAUACACCAACUUCUAUUAUGUCUCACCCUAGUCCUCAAAUUUUGAUUUAGGCUUCGUUGGGGUACAAAAAAUUGCGUUACAGUGCGGUAAAAAAAUAAAUUAAAAAAAUACUUUGUUUAUUUUCGUAAAUAAUAUUGCAUUUCGUAUAUCAUUUUGAGUCAGUUACGAUAUAUUUUCUACGAUUCUAUCAGAGAUCGCAGAAAUAUAUCCCUAUAUAUUUUUAUUUUAUCUAUAAAACGAAGCUUGGCUAGAAACUUUAGAGACUAAAAUAGUAUAAUUAUCCUAAGUCGCUUCCUCCUCCGUCGGUAGGUCCCAUUCGAAGCCCACCAUUUUGAGACUAUUAAAGACACAAAAUGUAACUUUUUUUUUUUUAGAGAGAAAGGUAGCAUAUUAUCUGUUUCAUUUAUUUUUAAAAAAAUAAAUUUAGAUGAAAAUGUAAAUUAAUUAGGAUUCGAAUUUGAGACUCGGGUAUCAAUCAACAAAUUUUUUGCCAUCAAAAUGUAACUUUUUAAGCUCUUAUAUUCCAAGGUUGGAAUGGGUUAAACACAAAAUAUAACUUUGAACCACAUGCUAGUAAUCUUCUAAAUACACUUUACUGGAGUUUAAGGAGUAUGGUUUAACUAAGUACGAUUUUUGUUCUAGUUUUCUAUUAGUAUCUGAUAUUCUUUCGUUCUCCAUGUCUUCGUUGGGAUGGAAAUGGGCCAAUCAGCCCAUCAAGCGAGCCGAAAGAUAUUUGUCACGGGUCGGAUUAAUUGGUUCAUCCAUUUAGCCCGGCCAGAGAUUUAUUUGUGCUUUAAACUAUGAAUGGAUAGCUCAAUAGAACUCGGGCUUUUAUGUGAAGGAGCCAACAUUAAUUACGUGAAAGGGAGAGAAUAAUGAACAAAAUAUAGUUAAUGAAUCAGAUUUGAAACGGACCGUUUUGAGGUGUUCUAACUUUUGAGAAUCUAAGGUUCCUUUCAAGGGCUUACUAAACGGGCCAAACAGUUUUUUUUUUUUUUUUAAAGAUAGGCAGCAUGCUACCUGCUUCGUUUAUUUUUCUUAGAAAUAAAAUUAAUUGGAAAUAUGAAUCAACUAGAAUUCGAACUUGAUACCAACCACCAAACCUUUUGCCAUUUGCGUCACGUACGGUCGGUGAGCCAAACAACUUCUAUUAGUGAUAAAAUAUUACUUAACACCUCCAACUAAAUUACUCAAUCCAAUAAGUCGAAACUAAUAAAGAAAACAUUGGGAAAAGCAUAUUAGUUGACUGACUCCAAUCUCCAAGUAUUUAUUUCAAGCUCAUCUCUACUUAUUUUCUUUAGCCUCCAGUAACUUACAAGACCACAAAUCCUUCCAAUUCCUUAUAGCAUUUUCCCCUUAAAUUACAGGUGCUCUCUUUUUCCUUCUCUUUCUAUCUUUUAUUCUUUUUAGCACUCUAAAUUUACUGCUAUUAUGGUUGAAAGUUUGAUUCUUAUGGGUAGCUCUAUAUAUAUUCCUUGUUUCAUGAGCAAGCAACUUGUAUUGUGUUGAUUUUUCUCCAAGGUUUUUAGCUUUUAGCAUGUAGAAUUUUUUUUUUUUGGGGAGGGGUCGAAUCUGAUGAAGGUGGAAAUGAGAUUCUCAAAUCAGUUUUUGAAGUUUGGACUAAAGAAGGGGCUAUAUGCAUUCACCUUUCUUCUAGCCAUGUUGAUAAUUCUCCUCAGUGUGGCCUCACUCUCAAAAUUUUAUUCCCAAAGCUCCAUUUUGAGCACCUACAAAUUUGGCAUAUAUGGUGAUGUGCACAAUAAGAGAAUGGAAGAUAGAGUUGAUGAGAUCAUGGAUACAGUUAUGAACAAGCUUGUUGAAGAGAUAGAGCAUCUAAAGGAGCUAACAAGAGAUUCUGGAGCAGACCAAUCUGAGUUGAAGCAUGAGAGAUUGAAACACACUUCUUUUCUCAUUGAAAUGUUAGGCCUAGUGGGCUCUGCUAAGUCCGUGCUGCCUAGUGAGCGGCGACAUGCUCCUCACGGAGAAAGCCUCGGCCGUAAUGCUCAUCCAUUGUCGAAGAGUGGUCAACCGUACGAUGAAAUGAUCGAGUACUUUCUCGUGGAGGAGAUAAGGAAGUAUGCGAGGAUUAAGCCGAGCAGGCUGGGGAAGCAGAAUUUCAUGGGCGCCAACGGGACGUUCACGAGCAUCGGCCAUGCGUGUUUUGCGAUGAAAGAAGAGCUCGAGGAGUACAUGGACUACGAUGUGGGCGACUUCUGCAAAGAUGAUUGGAGACAGGCCCAGAGACUAAUGGUCCACGGCUGCGACCCCUUACCUAGAAGGAGAUGCUUUUCUAGAGCUCCAAAGCUAUAUGCUAAGCCUUUUCCUAUAAAUGAAUCCAUGUGGAAGCUCCCUGACAAUCGGAACGUGCGGUGGAGCCAAUACAGAUGCAAGAACUUUGAUUGCCUCGCGAAGAACGCCACGAAGAAAGGUUUUUUCAAGUGUUCUGAUUGCUUUAAUCUCACGCACCAUGAAAUGCCCAGAUGGAUGGAGUUGGUCUAUCCUGAUCCUGCUUCGAACUUAACAGCUGAUUUCCUCAUCAAAGAAGUUCUUCAACUUAAACCUGGGGAGAUAAGGAUAGGGCUGGAUUUCAGUGUAGGGACCGGAACAUUUGCCGCGAGGAUGAGGGAGUUCAAUGUGACUAUCGUGUCAGCUACUAUAAACCUUGGAGCUCCCUUUAACGAGAUGAUUGCUUUACGAGGGCUCGUUCCUAUCUACUUGACUAUUAAUCAGAGGCUUCCCUUCUUCGACAACACGCUCGAUAUCAUCCACACGACGAGGUUUCUCGAUGGUUGGAUCGAUCUCAUACUCUUGGACUUUGUUUUGUAUGAUUGGGAUAGGGUUCUUAGACCCGGUGGCUUAUUAUGGAUCGACAGUUUCUUUUGCGCGAAGGAGGAUUUGGACGAUUAUUUGGAGGCGUUUAAGAUUCUGCGGUACAAGAAGCACAAGUGGGUUAUUGUACCAAAGAUGGAUAAAGAUGGUGAGGAAGUGUUCUUCUCAGCAGUUCUGGAGAAGCCACCUCGGCCUUUCUGAGGUGAUACAUGAGUUACUGUUUCAUUCUUGUUGAUGUUUCCACAUUCUGUAGUAUCUUGUUUCACGCUUUAGACGAACUUUUAAGUGAAGAGGGUGCUAAUGGCUUAUUCUAGAGCAUGUGUGCAAAAAUCAGUUGUGGAAGUUAUCAAGAGAUGAACUUCAAAUUGUAUCAGCAGUUUCAAACCCAGCUAAACUUGCUGUGCUCUGUACUGAAAAGGUUUCGCUGAUUAAGUGUACCAAACAUUACUUGCUUCUUCUUCUUCUUCUGAUUGUGAAGUGGUGCCUAAGGUAUGAAAGGACAACAGUUUUGAUCAAAUUGUUGCUUCCUUUUUUUCCUCUUCUUCUUUUUCUGUUUCCGGCUUUCCACUGGACAGAAUCUCUCUCAUUGCCAACAGCUAAUAAUAUUAAGACCUAGGUUUGGAUGCUAAU